GUCUGCACGCGCCACGGCACGGUACACGCGAGAGGGACAAGACACUUUGCCCUUGCACCUGGGUUUCACGUCCUGUAGAAGGAGGAUCCUCCUGGAAUAUAUAUCGAGAGAUUGCGAAUUUAAAAUAAAGCAGACCUGCCACGUAAAAAGCAAUGAGUACCACGGAUCCUACCGGUGAGGGUGGAGGGGGAGGAGAGAUGACUACGAUAUCGUCGAUAAAUGUUCAAGAAAACACGUCUCCGGUUACUCCAGGAACCGGGAAUCCAGUGGCACCGAGUUCCCAGCAACAACAUCCACCACCAUCGCCCCUAAGCGGUUGUUAUCUUCUCGUUGUGCUUCCAGAGCCUCACACCGCGCAACACAAAGAUCUCAUCUUGAGUCGUCUAUCGAAAGGCUUUCUAUCAUGGGACAAGGACAGUUGUCACGUAGAUCUGGAGAAAGAAUUACUGGCGUUGGUAGCACAAGCACCGGAAGGCGAAGAAGCUCGGAAUGGCGAACGACUGAUCCAAUACGCUACCGAGAAUCUUGUUACGGAAGUUCUGAUUCACCCGCAAACAAACACAUUAUUACAAUGUAUCCGGAACCUUCUCGCGAGUUUCACGAAACAUCGGCACAUCAUACACGCAGGCUACACCUUCGGUGGAAAUGGUUCCUGGAUACUGCAAGAUGGAACGUUUAGCAUCGCUGAUUUCUUAGACGCGUUCAGCGAACACGAGGUACAAAGAGUUUUACGCGCUUACGAGAAUAGCGUCACAGUUGACAUUCAUUGUUCGGGUGUUGGUGAUUGGACGACAAACCGGCUGUCCAAAGAAGCUUGCACCAGAUCCUGUCGAGUCAGAGUAAAUCCCGACGAUGUUCUUACCGCUGGAGUAGCCGCAAUCACGAGUUUCAUCAACUACAUUGGACAGUAUCUCGGUGCUCAAACACUGGAUCAACUCAUGGAACCGUCCGACGUUGUGGGCAACAUUAGAUUUAGUCAUCCUACUUUAUACGUCUUCCCCGGUGGACAAGGUGAUGCCGCGCUUUUCGGCAUAAACGGCUUCAACAUGCUCGUGGACGGCGGUUUCGCGAGAAAGGCUUGUUUCUGGGACUUUACCAGGCAUCUGGAUCGUCUCGACGCAGUUUUAGUCACUAGAAUCAAUAACAGCAACGUCGGUGGCAUGUUCAGCGUUCUUCGUAAAAAAAAGGAGAUGCACGUUUAUCCUCAGAUUGGACACUUUUUCUGUAACCUCGUCGAGAGAAGACAGUCGAAUUCACCGGACGGAGACAAGGAUGUCGAUCCUUUGAUCUUGAAUCUCACCGAUCUCGGACAGGAGAUGGUUCUCAACCUGCGUCACAUCACUUUGCGAGCUCACCCGUGCUACAGAGAUCCCGAUCCGAUUAAUCUGUACCAUAAAGUCGGCCACGGCACGCUGGAUAUGUACGUGCUCAGCCCGAGCAAAGACAGCCGCGAAGUCAGGGAAUUUAUGGCGAAAUGGCACUCGUCGGAUUCGAAGUUGUUCGCCGGCUCGCAUAAGAAAGACUCGAACAACUUGAUGUUUCCGAUUCAGAAUCUCGUCUCGAUAUGCGUGCUUCUCGUCUGGCAGCCGGCCAAUCCCGAGGACACCAUCACCAGGAUUCUAUUUCCCGGCAGUACGCCGCAAUACAAGAUUUUCGAGGGUUUCGAGCGACUUAAACACUUGGAGUUCCUCAAGCAUCCCGUCUGCUCGGCCAAGAGCCUCUCUCCGUCCACGUCGUUGGCCACUCUGCGGGAGAAACCCGUGAAACAAAAACUGGGCUUGCUCGAGAAAGAACCGCCCAAGAGAACGGCGGACGCGAAAAGAGAAAAGAGGGAAUCGGCGAUAACCGACGGGAAAACGAUCAAAGAUGACGCGCACGUGAAAGGUGUUCCGCAAGCCGGUACACCGAUCAUACCGACGAAACCGCAAGCAGCCAAGAUCGAAAUGAAGGCUAGAAAAGCGGCGGAGAACAAGAAGAUCGAGGUGGAAAGCAAGGAGGGCAGAGAGAACAAAAAGAUCGAGAAGGAAUUGAGAGAGGCGAAGAAGGAGACCGCGAGACGGGAGGCUUCGAAAUUGGACGACAAGUCCGAGAAACGGGAAGAAGAUGGCGGCGUUAAAAAGGAACCGGAGAAGGUGAUCGUUCCGCCGAAAGAGUCGAAACCGAAGAGCGAAUCGAGGCGAAAGGAAACGACCAAAGGUGGAGGUAUAAAAGUUGGGAAAACCGACACGGUGUCCAAGGUCGGACAAGUGAGGAAAAAGACGAAACAACCGUCGUCGGUCGACAGGAAAGAGAGCGGCGGCGUAGCGGUGAAGUCGUCGCCGACCACUCCGAAAAAGAGCGUAAACGGUAUCGCGAGCAAGACCGAGAUGUCCUCGAGAACGAGCGUGUCGAAAGCCAGGGCAGUCGUAGCGUCGAAAACGGUAACCGCACCCCCGGCGAAGAGCGCGAAAGACGCGAACAACAGAAAAGUCGUCGAACAAAAGAAGAUCGAAAGAUCCGCGAUAAAAGACGCCGCGAAGGAGGAACAGCAAACCUCCGCCGCGGUCAAAGUGUCCGCAACAGCAAAGCCUAAACCGAUAGACAGAAGACCGAUCGUACGCAGAGGAAAACCGGUUAGUCCGAGCAAAGUACGCGUGCCUGGAAGCCCAGCGAAAUCGACACGAAGCACACCGACAACGUCCGUUAAGUCGGACAAAGACGGUGUAGUUAUUCGUAAACCAAAGGGCGACAAAGGUACCGCCGACUCCUCCGCGGUGUCCACACCGUCUGGAAUCGAACCGGAAACAGCAGCGGCAGCGGCAGUGGCAGCUGCGAGACUCGCUGAGAAAAGUCUGAUCGAGAAAUCGGAAGAUAUUUCGUUGGACUCGAUCGAGAGCAAAGUACUGGCCGACCUGAAGGAAGAACGCGAAGUCGUCGAGGAGAUCGAAGCGGUGCUCCAGAAAGCUGAACGAAUCGAGGAGACGAGAAAAGACGAUCGUUUCGAGGGAGACGACGAGAUCACGGCGGAAGUCACCGACAAGAAAGAGGAAGACAUCACGGAGGAGGAUGUCACCGCGGAGAUCGAGGACGCACCGAAGAAGGACAGCUUGAGAAAAGGAAGCCAAGAGUUGACCGAGGAGGACGAAUACCUGAUCGUCGAGAAGGAGGAAGUGUACACCGAGGAUUCGAUGCAGAGCGGCGAGGGUGAACAGAAGCAUAUUCUCGACGAAGCCGAGUCCGAGAAGGCGAAAAUAUUAAAGGACAAGGAACGUUUGGCGGGCAAAGGUGACGAGGAUGAUCUCGAGGAAGAGGAAGAGGACGAGGAGGAAGAGGAAGAAGAGGAGGAGGAGGAAGAGGAGGAGGAGGAGGAGGAGGAGGAGGAAGAAGAGGAGGAAGAAGAGGAGGAAGAAGAGGAAGGGGAGAUCGAGGAGAAGGAGAGAGACGAGAGCGCGGAUAAGAGAUCGUCGUUGGACGGGUUGAUGAAGGAAAUGGAAACGGCGAUAAUAAUCGAGAAAGAACAAGAGACAAAGGAUAUCAUUCCGUCGACGAUCGAGACUGUUUCGAAAGUCGAGGAGAAGGACGAUUCCGGCGGUAAAAAGGACAGCGAGGAUAUCACGAAAGAGCUCUCCAGCCUGAGCCCGGACAAAUUGGACUCGUCCGAGAAGAAAACCACAGACACCGAUUUAAAGCCGGAAGCCGAUCAAAAGGAACAGAUUCCUUCCCAGAAAUUGGAGGAGUCGCAGGAGCGAAUCUCGACGAUAGAAUCCGGUGCCACGACAACGGCGCCGACACUUCCGGAAGACGAACGAAUUCCUCUGGACGAGAUCAAGGAGGACAUUGACGAGAAACACGUUAGCGAGGACGUGAAGGAGAAGGAUGCUGCUGCUGCUGCUGACGACGACGAUGAUGAUGUUGCUGCUGUCGCUGCUACUGCAGCUACUGCUGUACCGGUAAAAGUUCAGCAACAAGCAGUUCCCGUUACUCUCCCAGGUGCCGCGGCCGUUGUUACCGCGGUACCUCCCACAACUCCGAGUUUCACGAGACCCGCCCAAUCUGCGCCGACCAAGCCUGACGACGUUCAGAUGUUCGACGUACGACAAACUGCGCCCUGUAUGCAGCGUGACAUUGUCAAAACACCGGACGAAGUUGCCGAUUUGCCGGUUCACGAAGAAGUCGAUCCGAAAUUCUACCGAAUGGACGAUUUCGAGAAGGAGAAGGACAAGGAGGACAAGGCUCCUCUGCCAGCCCCGUCGGCCCAAAAGGUCAAAGAACCCCCGACACCGCCGAUCAAGGAACAGAAAGGUGUCUUCAGUUUCUUCGGAAAGGUUGCCGAUAAAUUCGAGAAAGGUAUCGACAAGUUGACCAAAAAGUCCAAGAAGGAUCACGAAAAGGACGCCGACGACAAGUCCUCGUCCAAGUCCAGCUCACCGAAGGAGCCGAAAGUACAAGAAAAGACGCUUAUCGACGAUGUCGAUAUGGAGAAAAUGUUCCCGAAGGUGGGCAAAACGACCGAGAAAACGCCAAGUCCCGAUGAAAUCGCGCCCAUCGGCGUACCUGCCACCGGUCUCGUACAAGAUCAAACUAAAGACGGUGAGGAACCGCGUCGCCCAUCACGAGACGAGGCCGACAAAGUUCCAGCGCACGAUAUAUUGGACGAGACGAAACGAGUAUCGCCGAAAGAGCGCACCAGCCCACCGAGGAAGGACACGGCGGCAGUGUACACUGACGAACGCGAACGCUACGACGUUGAGGGAGAAAGGGUGCAGAUAACCGUUUCCGAACCUACCGGAAAAUCCACGAAGAAACACAGGGACGGUUCGAGGGAUUCCUUCGAGUCUCUGGAGGACGAAAUUGCCGAGGUGGUGGCGCGUCAAAUCGAACAAGCACCGAUAAAGGAUGCUGUCAAGGACACGCUGGAGGGUGUUGUCGAGAAACUGGAGGAAAUGCAGCCGCAAAUCGAGGGUGAAUCGGCCGACACGCUUGCGAAACAAACGGAGAAAGUACAGUUCGACAUAGCGAAAGACGAAGGAUUCGAGGCGGUAUUCGAGCAAGACGAAGAUGCAAUUGCUGGAAUUGUGAGGGACGUUAAAGAGGCUGUGCGCGAUGUCGGGGAAGUUCUCGCGGGCACGGUCGGUAUCGAGAUCGACGACAAGCCGAAAGACGUCAUGGAGAUUGUGAAGAAAGUCGCCCAAGUGUUGCGGGAUGAACAUGAUUUCGUUUCGGACAAGGUGCUGUUCGGAGACGAAACCGCUAAACGGUCGCCGCCGUUCAAAGAGGACUUGACUGGUAAACCGAAAGACAGCAGCAGCUCUGGAAAAUUGGCCGACCGAGCACCGCUCGUGAUUCCGACCAGAGUAGGCAUCACCGAGGAGUUUCCGCCUCAAGAAGAGGUCGAGGAGCUCAUCGAGCAAAUCGAAACGUUGUCGUCGCGUCCGCACGAGGAGUCCAAGGAGUUCGAGGAGACCGAGGAGACCGAGGAGACCGAGGAGACCGAGGAGACCAAGGAGACCAAGGAGAUCGAUGAGCCAGAAUGCGUGAAAACGACGCUGGAACGCGAGACAAUCGCGUCUCCGAAACACGAAUCAGAGGACUAUCGCGGCAGUGUCGAGGAGAUCUGCCGAGAAAUUUUCAAAGAGGAUUCGGCCCGCAGAAAGUCCAUGCUCGACGACACGGUCGAACCAUCCCGAAAACCCGAUGAUACCUCGGAUCUGAUUCAGACGGACGUGAUGGAGACCGGAGUGGAAGACGUAUGCGUCAAGGAAACCGUCAAACGCCACGUUCCCGAGGAGAUCGAAGAGUCGGUGAUUGGAUUCGAUCAGAAGAUCUCGCCGGCGAAACCAGAAAUCGUGAUGGUCUCGCCUGGCUCGACGCCAACCUCGCCGAAAUUUGUCACCGAGAAAAUCAAGUACGAAAGCAAAGAAGCGUCUCCGACAGACGGUGAAUUGCCCGACGAUCUAAGAGCUAUUGUCGACAAUGCGGAUCGUCUGGUGGAAGAUAUUAUCGAGCAAUUUUUAACGAAAAAAGUAACAAUAACCAAUGUUAUCGUGGAAUACAUUACGACGGUGAAACGUGUUCCGAGGGAACGGGUGAUUUACAUCAUCGAACAAGUUAUCGUGAAAAGAGGACUUUCGGAACGAGACGUGGUCGAGGACGCGCAAACUACAUUAAAACUCGAGGGAUCUGUUACGCCAGCAUUGAGAACGGAACUGGAAAAGUACAUUAUCAACGAAUACAUUACCAAGGGAAAACGUAUUACUAUACGAGUGAUCGAGGAGAUCACGAUAAAGAUGAUGGUACCGAGAACGAUUGUUAUUCGAAUUAUUCAAGAUAUAAUUGUUAGACUGAAAAUGGAUGUGUCGGUGGACGAGCAUCUGUUUGAAUCCCAGUUGAAGACAGAAAACAAGGCUGAAGUGGAACAAGACAAGGAACGUACACGUGUAGAGACAAAGAAAACGAAAACGAAAACAGAAGUGGAAGCGGAAUCGAAGAUGGAAACACGCGUGUCUAAAGAAGAAGAAGAAGAAGAAGAAAAAGAAAGAUCGGCUAAAAGGAAAGACGAAGUCGAGGAAGAAGAGGGCGAAGAGGACGGUUUCGUUACCAUCGGCAGAAGAAGAGAAGAAGAAGAAGAAAAAGAAAGAUCGGUUAAAAGGAAAGACGAAGUCGAGGAAGAAGAGGGCGAAGAGGACGGUUUCGUUACCAUCGGCAGAAAAGUCUCGCGAGAAUCGGUCGAUAUCGAAGAGAAAAAGACAGUGUCGGCCGAUCAAACGAAAGAAACUGUACAAGCAACCGGCAAAGGACAGGAGAAAGACGCCACCGAUGAUUUCGAAGCUGUCGAGCAGGAGUACAAAGUUUCCGACGUCAGAGUCACCGCUCUGGAUACCGAUAAGGCGUUGUCGCCUGGCGUCGUUUUUACUUCGGUCACGACGGACGAAACCAAAGAAAAAGACUACUCGGCCGAAGAGGCUCUCGAAGACGUCGCGAGCGACGUUGUCGAAGCCGACGAAAAGUUUGUUCACGAGACAAAAGAGAAGCUGGAGAAGGAAGAGUCGCGUGCGGACGCGACCACGAUUCCGCAAUUGGACAGGGAGAAAAUCGCGAGGAAAGAAUCAAAGGAUCUCGGCGGUUCGACCGCCGACGUGGUAACGGAAUCGUCCGAGUCGCUGGACACCGUUGAAAAGUACCUGGACGAAGCGAAAGAGAAAACAGAAUCAGCGGAAACUGCCGAAAUUUCGCCGACAGCUGAGCAAUCUGUCGUAGAGAAAUCACCAAAGGACGAAUUGCCAUCGAUGGACGUUGAACCAACAGCUCCGAUGAUCGAGGCGAAACUAACGGCUGAAAUAGAGACGACGGGAGCUCCAGGUGCGACACCCGAGCAGAAAUCGAAAGAAGAAGCGGCUCGACCGAUAGUCGAGCCGCAGGUAAAGUUGGCUGAUGCCACGGGAAGAGCAGCCGAGCCGAAACUGGAUAUAAUCGACGCUGACAAAGACGAGAAGCACGAUCACCGCGAGCCAGAAGACACCGCGGAAAAGAUAGAUAAGAGUCCCGACGACGAGGUUCACAGACCCGGCACGAAAUAUACCACAGAGGUCGUACCGGCUCGAGAACAAGUCCACGAGCCACCGAAGCAAGUCGAUCAAGAUACGGAUGCGGGAUCUGUUCGGCGAAUGUUGGUCACAGCGAGCAGCGAAGACGGUGGACACGAGACGGAAAUCUGUCCAACCGGUAGCAUCACGUUCACCAAAACAGUCACUCCCGACGAUUCUCUCAAGGACACGUCGUCGGUCAAGUCAACGCCCGACAAGGAUUCGUUGCUUUUGGACAAAGAUUCUCUUCGUUCCGGAACAAGUAGCCCCGAGAAGGACAGUAUUUCGGAGAGAUCGAUCCCAGAAGCGAAGGAUGUCGGUAAAGUAACACCCGAAGACAGUCUGGAGAAAUCGCCCAUGGACAGGCGCGACUCGCACGAUCUUGAAGAUAGCUUGGAGAAACCGGAAGCCGGUAAAACCAACGAAAUCACCACCGGCACCACGUCCCCGUCGGUUCACACGGAAGCAUCGAAAUCGCCGCAGCAGCAGCCGAAAGAGCUUAGCCUGGAUAAAGAAGCGAUUUUCAUAGAAAUUCAAGAAAAACCGGUACUUGCCGACGUAGGAUCGUCGGAAGCACCUUUCGAGACAGGUGUAUCCGAAUCACCUGUUUCGACCAAAUCACCUACAGAGAAACCGAAAAGUCCAGAGAGCAUACAGGAUACAAAAGAUUCGGCAGAGUCCAUCGAAUCGUCACCGGUAUCAUCGAUCCUAAAAGCGACUCCUGUUGAAAAAUCUGACGUACCAAAGCUAUCGGAGAAGGAACCGAUGUCGAGGGAAAUCGACGAAAUCGCUGCUCCAGCCGAACACGCGAAAGAACUCGAUGGCAAACCAAGCGAAAAGAGUCCAGGAACAGAAGUAAAAGCAGGCGAUACCGUGCACCCUAAAGACGUUGUUCCGGUUGUUGUUGUUCCAUCGAACACCAUCGACAAAUCCAAGACAUCCGAGGUAACCGACAAGAUGGAAUCGACGGAUAAAGAUACAUCCUCAAUUGUAACAACUGGCAAACCGGAGAAAACGAAACCAAGCGAACCGUCCGCGUCGUCUGGUGUUUCUACCGAGAAAAUUCAUUCACUUUCAACGAUCGUACAAGACAUCAAAGACACGGACAGCGAAAAAUCCGGCGAGCCGGACAACAAAAUGACAGAUGUUAUUAUCGAGAGUUCAGAACCGUUGACCAUCGACAUAGAAAAGAUCGAUGGGACAGAGAUCACAGACACGAGUGAUCACGCUGUAACUACAGACGCUGCUACCGAGAAACGCGAGCGGUCGGAUACCGAUGAAAAAUCACUCGACAAGUCUCGAUCGCCAAGCGUAACGACGACGACGACGAGUCCUGUCAGCGACACAACGGGAACGACAGCGGAUAGGCCGAAAUCACCGAGCGUAACCAUAGACGAAACUACAGACCGAAGGGAGCAAAUUGAAAUGUCUGUCGAGAAAUCUAGAUCGCCCAGUGUUGCCAGUGUGUCCAGCGAGGUUAAAGGGCCGAUCGAUCGUUCAAAAUCUCCGAGCAUCGCGAGCGAGCAAUCCGAUAAGAAGAGCGAACCAGAACACUCCGACCGAUCGAAAUCGCCAAGCAUCUCCGGUGAAAAAGCCGAAAUGAAGGAUGUCGUCGAAACUGCAUCUGUAAAGUCGAGAAGUCCUAGUGUUACCAGCGCUACUGGAAAGCCCGAUGAAAUAGAUAUCGAUAAAAUAGAAACCGACAAGUCCAGAUCCCCUAGUGCGACGAGUGUUCCUGACAAACCAGAGGAACCAAAGGAAUCAUCGGUGGAUCGUUCGAAAUCGCCGAGCAUCUCCGGUGAAAAAGCCGAAAUGAAGGAUGUCGUCGAAACUGCAUCUGUAAAGUCGAGAAGUCCUAGUGUUACCAGCGCUACUGGAAAGCCCGAUGAAAUAGAUAUCGAUAAAAUAGAAACCGACAAGUCCAGAUCCGCUAGUGCGACGAGUGUUUCUGACAAACCAGAGGAACCAAAGGAAUCAUCGGUGGAUCGUUCGAAAUCGCCAAGCAUCGCCGGUGAAAAAGCCGAAACGAAGGAUGUCGAUGCGGAGACUUCAAGUGGAAAAUCCACAAGUCCUGGUAUCACCACAGCUACCGAAAAGCCUGAUGAAAUAGAUAUCGACAAGUCUAGAUCUCCUAGUGUUACUAGCGUUUCUGGAAAACCAGAAGAAUCAAAGGAACCAUCGGCUGAGCGAUCGAAAUCACCAAGUAUCGCCGGUGAAAAAGCCGAGUUGAAGGAUAUCGAGUCUAUAAGUCCCAGUAUCAUGCCGACGACGACCAUCGAUGCCGAAAAACUCGAUGAAAUAGAUAUCGAUAAAAAAGAAACCGACAAGUCCAGAUCCGCUAGUGCGAUAAGUGUUCCUGACAAACCAGAUGAAUCAAAGGAACCAUCCGUCGAUCGAUCGAAAUCACCGAGCGUCGCUAGUGAAAAAGUCGACCCGAAGGAUGUCGACGAGACUGCAAGUGUAAGGUCUACAGGGUCUAGUGUUACUGCCUUGACCGAAAAGCCUGAUGAUAUAGAUAUCGAUAAAAAGGAAAUCGACAAGUCCAGAUCCGCCAGUGCGACGAGUGUUCCUGACAAACCAGACGAAUCAACAAAGGAACCAUCGGUCGAUCGGUCGAUAUCACCGAGCACAGCCAGCGAAAAAGCCGAGUUAAAGGAUAGUGUGGUGGAUGAGAGUGCAGUCGGAAAAUCUACAUCUCCCAGCACAACGACCGAAAGAUCCGAUGAAAUGGAUAUCGAUAUAAAAGAAAUCGACAAAUCUAGAUCACCUAGCGUUACAAGGGUUUCUGGCAAACCAGGUGAACCAAAGGAACCAUCGGUCGAUCGUUCGAAAUCACCAAGUAUCGCCGGUGAAAAAGCCGAAAUGAAGGAUGUCGAUGCGGAGACUGCAAGUGUAAAAUCCAGAAGUCCUAGUAUCACCACCACUACCGAAAAGCCCGAUGAAGUAGAUGUCGAUAAACAGGAAAUCGACAAGUCGAGAUCCGCUAGCGUGACAAGCGUUUCUAGCAAACUCGAGGAACCAAAGGAAGAACCAUCCGUCGAACGAUCGAAUUCACCAAGCAUCGCCAGUGAAAAAGCCGACUUAAAGGAUGUCGACGAGACAGCAGUCGGAAAAUCUAGAUCUCCUAGCACAACGACCGAGAGGCCUGACAUCACAGAGCUCGAUGAGAAAGAGAUUGAAAAGUCUAGAUCACCGAGUAUAGCCAGUCCAGGUGGUGAUUCUACGGGAUUAACGGACCGUUCGAAAUCACCUAGCAUUGCCGACGAAAAGGACCUUGAGAAGCCCAGAUCGCCCACUACAGUGACCAGUAGUAGUGUGCCAGGUGAAAGCAAGGCACAGCUUGAUCGAUCGAAAUCGCCAAGCGCCGCUAGCGAGAAAUCCGAAAUGAGGGAUGUCGACGAAAUUACAAGUGUAAAGUCUAGGACACCUAGUAUUACUACUGCUAUUCCUACUCCUAUUACUAGUAUCACCACCAUUACCACCACCACCACCACCACCACCACCACCACUACUGAAAGACCCGAUGAAGUGGAUAUCGAUAAAAAAGAGAUCGACAAGUCUAGAUCACCUAGCGUUACAAGCGUUUCUAGCAAACCAGACGAAUCAAAGGAACCAUCAGUCGAUCGAUCGAAAUCACCAAGCAUAGCCAGCGAAAAAGCAGAGUCAAAGGAUAUCGAUGUGUGUGCAAUUGGAAAAUCUACAUCUCCCAGUACAACGACCGAAAGACCCGAUAAAAUGGAUAUCGAUGAAAAAGAAAUCGACAAGUCUAGAUCAUCUAGCGUUACAAGCGUCUCUGGCAAACCAGACGAAUCAAAGGAACCGGUAUCAGUCGAUCGAUCGAAAUCACCAAGCAUAGCCAGCGAAAAAGCCGAGUCGAAGGAGAUCGAUGAGACUAAAGUCGGAAAAUCCAGAUCUCCCAGCACAACGACCGAAAGACCCGAUGAAAUGGAUAUCGAUAAAAAAGAAAUCGACAAGUCUAGAUCAUCUAGCGUUACAAGCGUCUCUGACAAACCAGACGAAUCAAAGGAACCGGUAUCAGUGGGUCGAUCGAUAUCACCAAGCAUAGCCAGCGAAAAAGCCGAGUCGAAGGAGAUCGAUGAGACUAAAGUCGGAAAAUCCAGAUCUCCCAGCACAACGACCGAAAGACCUGACGUUUCGGAAUUGGACGAGAGACCACGUUCGACGUCUAGAUCACCGAGUAUAGCGAGUCCAGGCGGUGAUUCCGCGGAAUUAAUGGCCAGGCCGAAAUCACCCAGCACUACCAUUGAAAAAAUUCAUUCGAAAGAUAUCGAUGACAAGGUAUUUGAAAAAUCCAGAUCGACCAGUCUUGCAAGCCUUUCCGGCGGCGAGCGAACGGAAUCGGUUGAUCAAACAAAAUCGCCGUCGAGCGUCGCCAGCGAGAAAUCAGAAUCGAAGGACGUUGACGAGCCUACAGUUGGUAAAUCUAGGACUCCUAGCAUCACCGCUGCUACACACUACGAGACAGAUGUCAGCGAGAAAACACUCGACAAAUCUAGAUCACCGAGCAUAGCGAGUCCGGGUGUUGAUACUGUCGGUGUAAUGGACGGUUCAAAGUCCAGAUCCAGCAUUGCCGGUGAGAAGUUUGAGUCGCGAGACGUUGACGAAAAGUCGCUAGAAAAAUCGCGAUCGCCCAGCGUAACAAGCGUUUCCGGAGAAUCGAAAGGACCGGCGGUCGAUUGUUCGAAAUCGUCGAGCGUCACCAGCGAGAAAUCCGAAUUAAAGGAUCUCGCCGACACACCAGCAGCUGAAACAACCAAGUCUCCGAGUAGCAUUAGUACUAGUGAAAAGCCCGAUAUCAAAGACAUCGACGAAAGAGUACUCGACAAGUCCAGAUCACCGAGUGUAGCGAGUCCGGGUGGUGAAUCCGCUGCAGCGACGACGGAUCGUUCGAAAUCACCGAGCAUUUCCGGGGAAAAAAUCGACUCGCUAGGUGUUGACGGAAAGAUGCACGAAAAGUCUCGAUCGCCCAGUCUUGCUAGUGUUUCCGACGAACCCAAGGAAGAACCGGCCGAUCGAUCGAAAUCGCCAAGCGUCACUAGCGAGAAACCUGAAACGAAAGAUGUCGACGAAAUUACAAGUGUAAAGUCCAGGAGUCCUAGUACUACUAUCACCACCGAAAGGCCCGAUGAAAUAUACAUUGAUAAAGAAGAAGAAAUCGUCAAAGCAGAAGAAUCAAAGGUACCGUCGCCGGUUGAUCGAUCGAAAUCGGCAAGCAUCGCGAGUGAAAAUGCUGAGUUACAGGAUGUCGAUGAGUCUGCGGUCGGAAAAUCCCGAUCUCCCAGUACAACGACUGCUGAAAAGCCUGACGUUUCAGAGGCCGACGAAAAAGCAGUUGAAAAGUCUAGUAGAUCACCGAGUGUAGCUGAUAGUACGGGUGGUGAUUCCACGGGAUUAACCGAUCCCUCGAAAUCACCCAGCAUUGCCACUGAUAAACUUGAGUCCGGAUCGCCUAGCCUUGCAGCAACAAGCGUUUCUGCCGCUGAGGCAAAAGAAACGGCGUCGAGCGUCGCCAGCGAGAAAUCGGAAUCGAAGGACAUCGAUGAGCUUGCCGUUGUUAAGUCCAGAACUCCUAGUAUUACCGCUGAUAAACACGACGAAACAGAGAUCAGCGAGAAAACACUCGACAAGUCUAGAUCACCGAGCAUUGCGAGUCCAGGUGUUGAUACUGUCGGUGUGACGGACGGUUCGAAGUCAGCCAGCAUUGCCGACGAGAAGAUUCGAAGCGAUUCGCGAGAUAUCGAUGAAAAAAUAGAAGAAAAGUCUCGAUCAGCCAGCGUGACAAGCGAUUCCGGGGAAUCCAAAGCACCAGCAGCGAUUGAUCAUUCCGAAUCGCACGGUAUCGCCAGUGCGAAACCUGAAUUAAAGGAUCUCGAUGAAACAGCAGUUGGAACAUUGAAAUCUCCGAGUAGUACCGCUACCGAGAAGGGACUCGAUAAGUCUAGAUCACCGCCGAGUGUAGCGAGUCCGGAUCAUCCGAAAUCACCCAGCACAGCCAGUGAAAUGGUAGAUUCGAAAGAUGGCGACGAUAAAGUAUGUGAAAAGCCCAGAUCGACCGGCAUUGCCAGCAGCGUUUCAGCCGUGAAACAAAAAGAAUCGGUCGACGGAUCGAAAUCACCGUCGAACAUUUCCAGUGAAAAACCUGAAUCGAAGGACAUCGAUAUCGAGCUUACGGUAGAAAAAUCCAAAACCCUCGGUGCUAUUACUACAAUCGCUACUUCGAGUGCUAGUAUUGAAAAGCACGAUACAGAGACAGGGGUCGAUGGGAAAGUACUCGAUGAAUCUAGAUCUCCGAGUAUAGCCGAUAAAACAUCGUCCACUACCCGUACCAGUGAAAAAAUCGACUCUAAGGAAGUCGACCGUGAGGCGGCGCUCGAUAGGUCUAGAUCAGCAAGCGUUACCAGCGUGUCUGGUGAACCGAAGGAAUCGAUGGAUCGCUCGAAAUCGCCGAGUGUCGUCAGCGAAAGGUCGGAAACGAAGGACGUCGAUGAAACCGCAAGUGUAAAAACAUCCAGCAGGUCCCCAAGCACCUGUAUAGACGAAUCUGGCACAACGGUUCCCGUUGCCGAUGUCAACACGCCGGACGAGUCUAAGUCAACCGAUGCAGCGAGUCCAAUUAUUAUCGAUGAUUCGACGAGCAGUAUGGUGCGUUCUGCAACAACCAGCGAUAUCGAUGUGAAAGUGGACUCGAAAGAUGUCGUCGAGGAUGGCACGGUAGUCGGGAAAUCCGGAGCUUCGAUGGAAAGAAAAGAAUCCAAGGGCAUCGAUACUUCCAAGGUAGAUAUAGGUACGCGUGGAUCAUCUGGUGUUACUGCCAGCGAUGAUACCGAGAGCAGCAUUUGCGGGAAAUCCAAAGGCGAGCAGUCCGAUUCGGAGGAGAAAAAGUCCGUAGAUAAAGACUGUGACGAAACGCCGGCAGAUAGAUCUCGAUCUCACAGUUUAUACGAAUCCGGUGACAAGACUCCUUCCACCGGAUCAAGAGGUGCAAGCAUAUACGAGACAGAGAAAGAAGAGGUUGAAGAGCAAGUGAAAAAGGAUGCCGCCUCUGUAGAAACAGGCACGCGAAAACCGAGCAUCGAUGAAAAACAUUCACCCGAGUUAUCGUCGAAAUCCGGAGAUUCCACGGGCAUCAGCAUCGCUCCUAUAAAACUAAUCGAUAAAGAGUUGGGAAUUAUCGGUGACACAGACACCACUGCAACGAUUCGCAGCGAUGGGAAAACCGAUCAACAGGGAGAAGGAAACGAAGAGGACAUCGUCAAAGUGACGGCCGAGAAAAAAGCUGAUAUUGAAAGGUACAUCACGGAGGAAUACGUACGGAGGAAGAGAAAAAUUACGACAUCCGUGAUAGAGAAGAUCGUUAUGACGUAUUCGGUGCCGGAGUUCGUAGUGAUGGAUAUCAUAGAAACAGUUAUCGCGAAAGCGAACGUACGCAGAGACUCGGUGUUCGACUUUGCGCUGGAGCAAGAAAUAGCAAGGGCGGAAAAAGACGCGGCGGAGGAACUUGAACGAUCUGCCGUAAAAGAUACCGAAUCGACAUCGUUGACGUUACGGAGAGCAACAGAGAGUAUCGGAGACGGAAUGCUAUCGGUGGGCCAAGAUCGACACAUCGAGAGAAAAGAUGCCAGCGGAGGUUCUCGAAGUCCCAGUGUAUGUUCCGAACAGAUCGCCUCCGAUAAAUCUACCCAGGACAGCCCCGUUCGUUCCGAACCGCACAUCGACGAGGAAGUCUCGAUCUCGGAAGAGAAGAGAACAGAAAUCGAGAAACUACUGGACGAGGAGUUCAUCAAAAAGGCAAGAAAGAUCACGGAGGAGAGUUUGGAGGAGAUAAUUCUAAGAAAAGGCCUGCCUCGAUACAUUAUCUUGGAAAUAAUCGAGGAAACGAUAGCGAAGAGGAAACUUUCUAGAGACUCGGUGAUCGAUUCGCUAGAUAUCUACCAAGACGACGACGACGACGACGACGAUAACGAGCCGAAUGAGAGCUACGAAAAGGAGGAUUAUCGUUCCGAGAAGGCUCGUUACGAAAUUCCCGACGACCAUAGAAAGUCAGGUUACGGUUAUACGACGGCCGAGUAUCCGGAAACGCAGGGAGAGGGACAAUUGCACGGCUCGAUUUCCGAUUAUCCGGUGAAUUACGAGAGCCAGUUUCACAAAGCGUUUGUUGGCGGAAUGACAGAGAUACGUACCACUCACAUUACGACGCAAACCCCGGACAUUACUCGCGACGGGACACCGGAUUCAACUUCGGAACCUACGGCGUCCACGGUCGAGAGGGUCGAGGAUAAAUCCGUCGGUAGUAAAUCGUCCGAUCUUCGUAUUUCACCGGACAAGAUAGGCACGAUUACAUCACACCCGACGGAAAAGGGAACCGGCGCAUCCCCUACAGAAAUAAUUAGCCUGUUCAAGGACAGCAAAAUAGAGGGAGACGUAAAGCAACUGGCCGAUUCGAGUAUCGCGGUUAAGCUGACAGAGGACGAUAAAGGGGAAGAUGUAAGUGGCGGCGGCGGCGGCGGCGGCGACGACGACGACGACGACGACGACGACGACGUUACCGUAGUCAAGAAAAUCGUGAAACGCGAGGUAAUGGAACAACAGCAACCCGAAAUAAUCACCGAAACAAUUAAAAAAGUGAUAAAACGCGAAAUUAUCGAGCAGGAUGAACCAGUGGUGAUCACAAAAGUGAUUAAACGCGAAAUCGUCGUUCCCGAGGACGAGAUUACCGAUCCCAAAGAGUUGGAGAGAUUAAGGAAAAUCAUGGCCGAGGAAAAAGAAUCGUCGGAAGUGAUCGAAACGAUAACAACCAAACUAAAAACGAUCGUAAUUACUCAAGAAUCGAGCGUCGGGGAAUCCGUGGACGAGAAGGGAGAAUCAUCGGCGAAAAAAACGAGCCAAGACGUCGAUAAGAGCCCGAAAGGGAAAAGUUCCAGCGAAACAGCAGAACGAAGCGACAGCUCGAAAGAAGAGGCAGAAGCGACAGAAGAAACAACAGUCACCAGCGUCAAGUCGGAUGAUUAUUUGACAGCGGACGAAGGCACACCAGACCUGAAACAAACGACUGAUAUCAGAAGAGACGAAGAAAAAGAUGGCGAAGGGAAAGUAGAAGCAGAUAGAGUUAUAAAUGCGGAUAAAGACGGCGAGAAAUCCGCACAAAAGGAUAAACGACCAAUGUCUCCUCUUAGGCGAGACAUUGUCGCGGAUGUGAUCAGUGGUACCGUUCAAUCCCACGUCUCUGGAAGAUCUACACCGGACAGCAGAAGAUCCGACAGAUCGUUGACAGCGACGCCGGAAGGCUUUCGAUCGGGCGAGGUCAUACGAACAAUCAUCACGACAACUAAAACCGUCUCGGACGAAGGUGAGAUCGUAACGACAACCAGAGAAGUCACAGAGACGACAAACGAGAAAGGUGAGACGGUAGUUUUGGCGGAGAAACUCGACGUCAAGGUGGAUGAGUAUCUGCCUAGCAAAGAUGCCGCUGAAUCAGCCAUCAGCAGCGUGAUCGGUGGUUUAAAGUUGUCCGAGUCGGAGCGUUCCGAAUCGAAGGACGCAACGCGCGAAACCGGCAAGGAUGCCAAAGAUUCGAACGAUGCCAAAGAUACUAAAGAUGCGAAAGAUGGCGAAGGAGGACCGUGUUCCUCUUCGAUGAGUCGGAGUAGCCAUCGUUACGGAUAUCUACCGGAAUCGAGCGAACGAAUCGAGAGCAGUAGCGAAAAACAUGAAGGAUCGCCAGUUGCGUUUUCGACAGCCGCAAUGAGCAGUAGCUUUUACGGCGAAUUGCCCGCGGUCCCGUCACCGAUCAGUGCCAUGAAAACAUUCCAGGAGGACGUUGUCGGUAUACGGAAAACCAGCGGCCCUGUCCCGGCACCGAGCGAUUCGACGUCGAAACUGUUGUUCACCGUGGAGAAAGAGUAUGCGGCGGCGGCUGGUUACGAGGAGAAACCGGAUCCAAAGAGAUACGUCGACGAGGCCGAUCUCGACUUCGAGAAGGCUCUGAUGGAAUGCAAGGAAAUUAAGGAACCCCUCGAAUCGCUGCGCGGCGGAGUAUCCCUGAGAUACACGAACGGCAGUGCUAGCCGCGACCAAGUGUCCGACGACACGGUGACCGAGAGAAGUACCGACGACACGAGAACCGAACAACCAAAGAAAGAUCCUCUCGACGGAUGGGGAUCACCGUUGGGCCUUCCGUCGCCCAAGCCGCCGCGACGAUUCAACCUAAAAACCCCGACGACACAGCCGACCAACUCGAAUCAACUGGAAACGGCGGAUGUCGGAGAACGUUUCGAUGCCGUGAACGAAUGGGGUGAACCUCUUCGGCUACCUUCGCCCGCCCCGGUUCCUGUCACCAAUGAAAUAUCGAACAAAGCCACUCCAGGUACACCCAGGAAAGAGAAGAAACAAGCGAGAAAGGUGUUGUCGGAAAAUCUCAAGAAUAAAAAACGCUCGGAGAGUCCCGGAAAGAACGAGAAGAAGAUCAAGGACUCCAAGAACAAAAUUCAACCGGUGUACGUGGAUCUGACGUACGUGCCUCAUCAUGGCAACUCCUAUUACACGUCGUUGGACUUUUUCAAAAGAGUUCGCGCGCGAUAUUACGUCUUUAGCGGCACUGAUCCGAGCCGAGAGGUUUACGACGCGUUGCUGGAAGCUAAGAAGACUUGGGAGGACAAGGAUCUUGAGGUGACCAUAAUACCGACUUAUGACACGGACACGUUGGGCUACUGGGUAGCCGAUAACGAGGAGGCUCUUGCUGCGAAUCAUAUUGACCUUUCGCCCUCGGCAUCCCGAUGCACGAUCAAUCUUCAAGACCACGAGACUAGCUGCAGUGCCUACAGACUCGAAUUCUAGGGAUUGGCAGCCUGCUCAGCCGUAAUAGUCCAGUUCUGAGCGGCGUCUAGAAUAUAUAUACCACCACCACAACCACCACCACCGCCGCCGCCGCCGCCGCCGCCGCCGCCGCCGCAACCGCAACCACCACGA